GAAGAUCUGUGGAGGCAGACCCAAAGCCGCGGCUGCGCAUGCGCACCAGGCGCGCCAGCCAGCGGCGUCGCGGGAUGCUGCGACCCGCUGGGCUCUGGCUCUUGUGGCGGCGACCUCCGGCGGCGGGGGUGCCCCAGAAGACCCUUAGCCUCGGGAAGGCCGCUGCAGCCGUCUCUUUCCCGAGCAGCAGCUCGUCCAGGGCUCUAAAUAUCUUCGACCGGGAUUUGAAGAGGAAACAGAAGAACUGGGCAGCCCGGCAGCCCGAGCCGGGGAAGUUUGACUACCUAAAAGAGGAGGUUGGAAGUCGAAUUGCAGACCGUGUAUAUGACAUAGCCAGAGAUUUCCCACUUGCUUUGGAUGCCGGUUGUGGAAGAGGUUACAUAGCACAAUAUUUGAAUAAGGAAACUGUUGGGAAGUUUUUCCAAGUAGACAUUGCAGAAAAUGCUUUGAAAAAUACCUUAGAAACAGAAAUUCCUACUAUCAGUGUUUUAGCUGAUGAAGAAUUCCUUCCCUUCAGAGAAAAUACAUUUGACCUGGUGGUUAGCAGUUUAAGUUUGCACUGGGUGAAUGAUCUUCCUAGAGCACUUGAACAGAUUCAUUAUGUUUUAAAACCAGAUGGAGUGUUUAUUGGUGCGAUGUUUGGAGGUGACACCCUCUAUGAGCUUCGGUGUUCGUUACAGUUAGCAGAAAUAGAAAGAGAAGGAGGAUUUUCUCCACACGUUUCUCCUUUCACUUCUGUCAAUGACCUAGGACAUCUGCUUGGGAGAGCUGGCUUUAAUACACUGACUGUGGACACUGAUGAAAUUCAAGUUAACUAUCCUGGAAUGUUGGAAUUGAUGGAAGAUUUACAAGGUAUGGGGGAGAGUAACUGCGCUUGGAAUAGAAAAGCCCUCCUGCACCGAGACUCAAUGCUGGCGGCCGCCGCGGUGUACAGAGAAAUGUAUGGAAAUGAGGAUGGUUCAGUACCUGCCACAUACCAGAUCUAUUACAUGAUAGGAUGGAAAUAUCAUGAUUCACAGAUCUCUGCUAAUGGUGCCAGUGGCUAUCUCACUGGGCUGCAUCUGAGCAGCAGAAAGAAGUCUGUGUCAGUUCACAUGGGAUGAAGCAGAAAACCGGCCUCACCAUUCAUGUAAAAAAAAAAAGUAUGAGUGUUGAGUUUGUGUUCACUGGUCAGUGGGAAGCUAUUAGUUGUCCUUUUCACUUAAUUGGGCGCCUCCCCACACUCCUCUGCAGUCUAAGGUAAAUACGAGAGUGUUCGCUUGCAUCUCUCUUUUGCCUGCCUUCCCUCUUUGUACCAUCCAAAGUCCAAAUUUUUCCUGGGUAGAGGCUGUGUCUACCCUGUACAUAGCAUAGUGCUCUGCACAUAGUAGAUACUCAAUUAUAUUCUGAAUUUAAUUAUGUGAAAAACGUACCCUUUGAAAGAUUGAGUUAUAAUUAAAAACCAAAAUUUGUAGUAGAAAAUAAAAUCACUGUUCUUGCUCUCUUCAGUUAGAGCAUUCAUUAAUUGGUAUUAGCAAUUGGGGUAUUCUUGGUAGCUUGUUUGUUUUAUUUUUAGUGCAAAGAGAAAGAAUACCUACAAAGUGGAAUUGGGGAAAUUUUUUUUAGCUUAAUUUCCAGAAUUUGAGGGGAGAAAAAACAAAACAAAAACCUGUGGAUUAAAAUGUGAACUGGUAACUGAGAAACAGAUAAAUUCCAUGGUGCUUGUGUUUCCUAAAGGACACGUGUUUAUAUGCAUUUAUGUUUGUUUUUGAAGAAUGCAUACAAAAUUAUUAAGUUAUUGCUAAGUAAAGGGACUGAGGAUCUCUGUAUCAUGUUGAAUGUUAGGGGUACAGUGGGUGGGCAGACAAAAGGAGGGAGUCUUCACUUUUCAAUUUCUUUAAUUUUUCUGUACAUUUUGAAGUUUCUUACCAUGGAUAUUUGUUUAUAUCAUAUGAACAGUGAAUCUGUGGAUGAUGGGGUGGGCUAUCAAAAAUAAGUUCCACGGAUUAAAAAAAACUAAAGGAAAGAAAAAUUAACACAACUAAUCAAGGAUAUAUUUAAAUAAAAUUAUUUUAGUAAUGUUUUUACUAAAAUUUUUAUAUAUUUAAAUAAAAUUAUUUUAGUUUUACUAAAUUUUUUAAUUAUAAUUAAUUGUAAUUGUAAUUAAUACCUGCUUGAACUAUCAAGAUUUAUUUGCAACCAUCAGGAAAUUCAUUCUUUUCAAUAGCCUUGUUUUCCAAAUGACCAAGAACUUGUGUGUAAGUAAUGCUUUAAAAAGAGUCUUAUUAAAAAUAUUUCCAAAGUAUGUUAUAUUCUUCAACAUAACCAUUUCUUUAUAACUCCACAAUUUUAUCAUAAACUCAAAUUGCUUUUUCCUAUACUGACUGGCCCCCAAAAUGAUGUGGUUUGUCUCUCUUCCAACAUUUUUUCAUAUUUGCUGUCAGUUGUCAGUUUCACCGGCUUGAUGAAAAUGAACUUUCUUGCCCUUUCUGAUCUGGAAGAUUAUAGAGUUCAGAUGGGAAGGUGUCUAGGACUAGUAUGUAAGGUAGGAGAGAGGAAUGAAGUUCUGGGAGAAGGACCCCCAUUUGCAGUAAAAUGCACGGGCUUCGUUGGCUCCCUUAAUCCUCAGUGAGGUCCCUGGGCUGGGCUUCCAGGUCUUUGCUCCUUCAGUCAGUCUGUCAGGGGACACGGGGACAUCUGGUGGCAUUUUUGUAAUAUUUCCUGGUUCUUAGCAGUUUCCAGGUUGUUGGCCUAGAGAAUUCCAGAGGUAGCAGUAUGUGUGACAAUUCAUAUUUAUAAAACAGAUUGUUUGCUUUGUAGAAAGAAUUUCUGUAGGAUUUGUUAAAAUGGAAGCUAUGGGUAGACAUCAGGUAUGUGAUGAUUGUAAAAAGUUACAUUUACAGGGGUGUGUGUGUAGCUCCUGAAGUUAUCUAGGAAGCAAAUUUUGUUUUUCAAGCCCUUAAAUUCCAUUUUUAUCCACUAGGUGGAAAAAGUUACAAUAUGGCCUGUAUUGAAGACAUAUACAAUUUCUAUACUGUGUAUAUGUCCCUUAAGUAAGGAUGGAAUCAAAGAGUUUACCAUGGACUGGCUUCUGUGUGGGAAACAAAUGAAUAUUGAUAGGUCUUUGGGAAACAGAGGGAUACUUGGCACAGUGAUGAUUAUUUUACUCCUGCAUAAGUUAUGUUAGCCUCUCUUGCCUAAGAUGAAAUGUUUUUAAGUUUUUUUGUGGGGACUGCGGGCUGUUUUAUUUUUCUGUAGUUAAUGUGAGCUCUAUCUUAAAAGAACUUACCACAGGUGGGCCGCCCUUUCAGAAAUUGCUGUACUUUAAUUCUCUGCCUGGAUACUCAACAGAUAUUUAUCUUUUGGGUUUACAAAAUUUAAUUGGAAAAAAUGGAAGGUACAGUGGGCCCUGGUAGGCUGUCAUUAACAAAUAAGGAAAUAAUGCUUUGUUUUCUGGUAGUUUUAAAUCUAUCCACAGUUUUUUUUGAUAUGUUUCUCUCUAAGAAGUGGAGCUUCAUUCCCCUUCCUUUGAGUAUGGGCUGACUUUAUUGAUUCCCUUCCAACAAAUGGAAUACGGAUACGGUGGUGUGGCCCUGCUGAGAGAAGGUGACAAAAGGCAUUGCUCACCUUGCUGUCUGGGGCCUCUCACUGUGGGAAAGCCAGCUGUCAUGUCGUGAGGGCAUGCAAGCAGCACAGUAGAGAGGACACGGAGGUGAAGGACCGCCAGCACCUGAGUGAGCCAUCCUGGAAGCUGAUUGGCUUCAACCCCAAGCAACUUUCAGAUGACUGCAGUUUUGGCUGAUACCUGGACGGCAGCCUCAUGAGAGACCUUGAGCCAGAACCACCCAGAUAAGCCACUCCUAGAUUUUUUUAACUAAUACCUACUUGAAGUAUCUAUCAAGCUUUAAUUGUUUGCAACCAUUUAUGAGCCACAGACUGAGAUAAUAAAUGUUUGUAUAAGCCA